GCGUAAGGGCUGCGUUUGAAGGUUGCAUGCGGCUAAACACCGCUGUAAACUGGAGCAGACCCCACUCGGUCAGCUGCGAGCGGAGACGCCUUCAACAGACACAGCAGCACAUCACCUGGGUGUCUCUUCUUGUCUGUCUUCCUGCUCAGCUCAACUCUCUCCCAACACAAGAUCUUGUCCUCUCGGCUCUGAAACACCCUGGAAAUGCCGCAUACCUGGACAGAAUUACUCAAAAGUUUACACUGACUGGGCACUGGAGGAAAAUGCUCAUUGACAGCUGUGGGUUUUCUCUCUCAAGGUCAACAUUUGAGCACGGCCGCUUUACGCACGACUUUCUUUGCUCGUGGACAGCGGGGGGAGAGGCGCGGAUGAGAUGCCGCCUUGCCUUUGCUUGCCCCCGGCAUCAACAAUGACAUCUUUUACAGAGGAAGACGUUGAUAUGCACUGAGACGCGGGACAGAUCAACACCAGUGCGCCAUCAAAACAAAGACGAGACUGACUUUAACCAACUGAGGAAAUCAACUCCGCUGGCGUUUCCUGCUUUCUUUCCCCCACGGCCUGUGUGCGCAUUGUUUACCUGAGCAACCUGGACCUCUCUGACAGUUCAAACAGCAUUUUCAACAUAAACACACAUCUGUUUAGCAUGCUCGAUCAGUGCGCACGUUACCAAGACAGCAGCCUGUUCCAAAGUUACAAACAAACCGGCUGUAACUCCAACUUGUUUGAACUUUUCUUUUAACCUUUCUUUUCGUCGGUUCAGCAUGUGUACACGGACUUUUUGGUCCAGCCCUGGGAGGACUUCCCCAGCGGAGACAGGGCUGCUCUUGGUCUUAGUCCUGGUGCUGUUGGAGGGCUCCGUGCUCCACGCUGUAGCCGGAGCCAGCUCCAGUGCCGCGGAUGUGACCAACCACCACGCUCCUACUAACGAGUCGGGCCAUCAGAAGAAGCCUUUCCCUGUGCUAGAUCUCAACUACGAACACGUCCAGACCCCGUUUGAAAUCUCAUUAUGGGUGCUGUUAGCGUCUUUAAUGAAAUUAGGCUUCCAUUUGAUCCCGCGCGUGUCCAACAUCGUCCCAGAGAGCUGCCUCUUGAUCGUGGUGGGCCUGCUGGUGGGGGGCCUCAUCAGACUGGCUGGAGAAGAGGUACCGCCGGUCAUGAACGCGGAGGUCUUCUUCCUCUGCCUGCUACCUCCCAUCAUCCUUGACGCCGGCUACUUUCUACCCAUCCGCCCCUUCAUGGAAAACCUGGGAACGAUCCUGAUGUUCGCUGUGGUCGGAACUCUGUGGAACGCCUUUUUCAUCGGGGGCCUGCUUUUUGCUGUGUGUCAAAUCAACCCGGGUUAUCCGUUAGAACUUCACCAAUUAGAGCUGCUUCCUUGUUUGCUGUUUGGGUCCAUAAUAUCGGCGGUGGACCCGGUGGCAGUGCUGGCAGUUUUUGAGGAGAUUCACAUUAACGAACUCUUGCACAUUCUGGUGUUUGGGGAGUCGCUGCUCAAUGAUGCUGUCACUGUGGUGCUGUACCAUCUUUUUGAGGAGUACGCAGGGGCUGGCACUGUGACAGUACUCGAUGGCUUCUUGGGUAUCAUGUCCUUUUUGGUGGUGGCGCUGGGUGGAGUUCUGGUUGGAGCCAUCUACGGUCUGCUGGCUGCCUUCACCUCACGCUUCACUUCCCACAUGAGAGUCAUCGAGCCGCUGUUUGUGUUUGUGUACAGCUACAUGGCAUACCUGUCCGCUGAGAUGUUCCACCUGUCAGGCAUCAUGGCAUUGAUUGCAUGUGGCGCUGUCAUGAAACCCUAUGUGGAGGCCAACAUAUCGCACAAGUCCCACACAACGAUCAAGUAUUUCCUGAAGAUGUGGAGCAGCGUCAGUGAGACCCUCAUCUUCAUCUUCCUGGGAGUCGCGACAGUGGAUGGCAAACACCACUCCUGGAACUGGGUCUUUGUCACCGCCACUGUCAUCCUCUGUCUGGUUGCAAGGGUCAUGGGUGUGGUUGGUCUGACCUACAUCAUCAACAAGUUCCGCAUUGUAAAACUGACUACCAAGGAUCAGUUCAUUAUCGCCUACGGUGGCCUGCGGGGGGCUAUUGCCUUCUCUCUGGGUUUCCUGCUCGACGAAGUGCAUUUUCCCAAGAAAGACAUGUUCCUCACUGCCAUCAUCACAGUUAUUUUCUUCACUGUGUUUGUUCAGGGCAUGACCAUCAAACCUCUGGUGGAGCUACUGGCAGUGAAAAAGAAACAAGAGGCCAAGCGUUCCAUCAAUGAGGAGAUCCACACACAGUUCCUGGACCACCUCCUGACCGGAAUUGAGGACAUCUGUGGCCACUACGGACAUCACCACUGGAAGGACAAACUGAACCGCUUCAAUAAAAAGUAUGUGAAGAGGUGCCUGAUCGCAGGAGACCGCUGUGAGGAGCCACAGCUUAUAGCUUUUUAUCACAAGAUGGAGAUGAAACAGGCCAUUGAGUUGGUGGAGAAAGGAGGAGCCAAGAUGCCCGCUAUACCCUCUACUGUGUCCAUGCAGAACAUACAGCCCAAGAAAGCUGUACCCCAAGAGAGGAUGCUGGGCCAGCUGUCUAAAGGAAAAGAGGAGGAGAUCAGGAACAUCCUACGAACCAACCUUCAGAGGACACGACAGAGGCUCCACUCGUACAACCGACACACUCUGGUGGCUGAUCCUUUUGAAGAUGGUGUUAUUCUCAGGAAAAAGAAUGUGAUGGAGAAAAAGAUAAAGGAGAUGAACAACUAUCUAACUGUCCCCGCCGCUCCUCCCGAUUCCCCAACCAUGUGUAGAGCCAGACUGGCCUCAGACCCGCAGGCCUACAGCAUGAAACCCACUGCGGACGACGUGCCCACCAUCCACGUGGACCUAGCCUCCCCUCAGUCUCCAGACUCGGUCAAUCUUGUGGACGAGCUGAAAAAAAAGAGUGAGCCUACAUCAGAUGCAGACGAGGGGCUCGUCAUGAGAGCCCCCUCCCAAAACCGAUCUGAGGAGUCUGACCGGGAGCAGCAGAAACUCAUGAGGUGUUUAAGUGACCCGGGCCCCAACGCAGAUGAAGAUGAGGACGAGCCCUUCCUGCCAUAGGACGCUUAUUGAGGAGCGAUGUGUUCAGUGCACUCACCUUGAUCUAGUAAUUCACGCCAAAAACACUGUACAAACUGGUUUGGAAGGAGAGACACUAUACUGCAAAAUGAGUAGUUCAAAUUACUUGAAUUCAGGCUGUUAAUCUUGUACAUUUGUUGAUUUUAGUAGUUUAUGCUAGUUGGAUUUGUUUUUCAAGAUGGAUCCAGAUUAUUUUAUCACUUCUGUUUGCCUUAUUGAUCCAGUUCAGUACAUUACUUCUUAAUCAAAUAUAGGAAAAAUGCACUUAAGCAGAUUUAUUCAUUGAAUUAUUAAAAUUUACAUUUUUGGAUAUCUCAGAUCUACUCUGAAAUGCCACGAAGUUAAACAAAAAUUUUCCACGCGCAAAAAUUCUGACCUAGUCAAAUUUACUCAAAUUCUGAAUUCAAGUCAUUUUAACUAAACUAGAUUUCAAAUUUUACUGUGUGUUUUAAUAGACAGGAUGGGGAAGGCCUGUCAGAUUGAAAUUCAGGAAAGAACUAUGCAUUACCAAAGGUUUGGACUGUUUUACUCUCAUCAGUGACUUUUAAUUUCCCCAUUAUGGGUUCUUUAAUGUAUCAACAAUAUAUUAUAACUGCUGUAAAUGCAAAGUCCACCUUUAAAACCGCACGUUGAGUUUGGCCCCACGUUUAACACAAACUGCUGGAUAUCCAAACAUACAGUGCAGUGUAGCUACUAGUUCAACUGUUUUGCCUUAUUUUAAGUGUAAUUUUCACUUGGUGCAAUUUGCUUAUUCUAAUUAAACAUGUUUAAUUUCAGGGGUGUUUGUUAACAGAUACCAAGCAUUCUGUUCUGUGCGAGUGUUGAGGAACUUCAGACAAAGAUAUAUUUAUUGGGAAAAGAACCACACUUUUUAUAGUUGUGCUUUCAAACUAGUGGCCUUGUGGCAGAAAUAUAAGCUUUGUGGGCACCCUUACUUUAAUUUCAAGGGUAAUUGUUGUUGGAAAUGCGCUCGUGAGAUGUGCUAGGAAUGCUUUGGGAGCUCAUUAAAAGGCAGUGAUGCAGCACAGAUGUUUAGAUGUCAGUUAGCUGUUCGAUUCCCCGUACUAAUCAUUUGUCAGAAUAUCUCUUUGAUUUUUCUAACAGCCUUAAGUAGGAGUUUUAAGUGCCCCUUUAGUAUUUUUUUAACUUUUGAUUUUAUUAUCUCCAAAUAUUUUUUAUAAGUGCUUUAAAUUUUAUCAUUCAGGGUUAAUUUACGGGCGAUUACAUAAAGCAUUUGUGUCUUACAUCACUGUUUUAUACAUGAAUAAAUGCUGGCGUAUAGUUGGCAAAAAAUGUACAUCUAUGCACUAAAGAAAAAUGUAAAUGUUAUAUAUUACGCUAUAUAUUUAUUAAAACCCUUUAAAAUCUAACUAUUGUAAUUAGAAAUAACACGUUUGCACAUCAAUACAUGAACUAAAACCUCCAUAGGCCUAUUUUGUUGUAUUCGUCUUGCUAAUAUGCAUGUCUUUGCAUAGCUGCUCUGUAAAUGGAAACAAAAAAGUGUUAUAGCUCUAUGGGAAAUACUGUAUUGCGCUAACUUGGCAAUCAAGUGUUAAACUCACACCAACCACUGUCAUACUUCUACUAUCUAUCAAUCGAGACAUUUAAUACUGUGCAUAUUGAUACACAGCUAAAUUAGUUUUAAGAUCUAAGCUCUAAAAUACUAAAUGAAUUUAAACAACACAUUUUCAGGAGCCUGUGGCCAAUACAAGCAUUUAUGGUCCUGUUUAGGUGUUUGAUUUUCAACAAAAAGGUGACAGUAAUUCAUUGAAAAUCUGGCUUGUCACUGUAAUGUUAUGUGACACUACUUGCUUACUUGUUUAGAGAUAAACUGAUAUGUUUUUUCAUGGCUAAUGCUGCUGAUACGAUUAGAAUCCAGAGCAACUGAUGGCCGAUCAGAUCUGCUGAUAUUUUUUUGGACCGAUCUUAAUUAUUUUUGCCAAAUUGCAUUAUUUUUAUCUACAACAAACUCGCCUACAGUCUCUUUUUACCACAAACCUUUUCAAGAGGGCCACGUACUCACAUUUUGAGCAGUUGUCUAUUUGCAUUAAAGUGUUCAAAUAAAGCUUUGAGUGUACUUAUUAGGAAGCCAAAACAAAAGGACAAUAGCCGAUUCACUAAAAAGUCCUGAUAUCACCCGAUACAGCGACCGACUGAUAUACUGGUCUAUCUCUAGGCUUGAUUAAGUGUACAAAUCAGCUCAUCUGUUGUAGUUCUAGCUAAAUCAGUUCUUUAUGGUCAGACUGUGUGAAAACAAAGAUUAGAUUAAAGAUUAACCAAAACCUUUAAGCGAUACAUUAUUGCCCACAUCUCAAAGGUAGUAGAACAGUGAUUUAUGGCACCAUAUUAUAAUCCAAAAUGGAAUAUACUUUAGUUCUUCUGUGAUGAUAAUGGGUAUGUCAGUUUUACCAAAUUGCUGUCUUCAGUUGAAAUAUAAGUAGAACAUUCCAGUUUCAUGCUGCUUUUGAGCUAUUAGUGGCCAUUCAAUGCUUUCUUGCCCUUUAAAGUGUUGCCUUACAUUUUGAAGAUUCACAUUACCCUGGAAGGGAGAGCGCAGGACGAUAGGUUGUUCCAGAUCCUUAAAUUACGGUUUUGCCUAUUUUACGAUGGCUAAAAAGGCUUUUUGGUUGUGAGAAUAUGUCAUGUUUACUCGACAAACAGACUGCACGAUGCUUCACCUCCACAUUUCUUUAAGGAUAAUGGAGCUGACAGCAGAGGCAGAGGGGCAGACAGUAAUUUCCCUGUCUAGCUCAAAUUGAAUUUUCUCAGUCUCCUGCAUGUGUGUGUCAAAGUGGCAGGCUGGUCAUGACUCACCAAAACACAUGCGAACUUCUUUUAACCUUAGUCUAACCUUUUCCUGUUUGAGAUUUUGUGAAAUUUAUAUCAAAAUGUAUCUGCAACUGUGAGCACUUCUACCAAAUCGACAUAAUUGAAAUGAUUAAAACAGGAGUGCCAGUUUAAAUUCUUGCUAAGGAUGAGUGUAGGCUUUAAGAAUACAAAAAUAUUUAUAUGAAAGAGUGCAUAUUCUGUAAGAGCAUUGUAUUUUUCAUAUUACUGAAUGGACUAGUUGUUUACCGGAUAUUGUAAGAGGAGAAUGGCGACCAAAAUUAAUGUUCAUACUUAUUAUAUUAUAAAUGAUAUUAUUCCAAAGACUGUAUGAGAGAUAAAAACUAUUUUCAUACUUUUAAUUUCUGAUUAUUAACUACAUGUCAUGUUGAAACACAAUGUUGUUAUGUGUUGUGCAAAGCUCUGAAGCCAUACAGCCUGCUGAAGAACUUGUGUCAUUGUAUUCUGUGUUUUGGGGUCUAAUGAGAUAGAUUUCAAUUCUUUAUGCUGCUGUGGUACAUUUUCAGAAUGUCUUGUCAACAUCCUAAAGGUGCGCUAAGUAACUUUUUCUGGUAGGGGGUUUGCUACCUGCUGGUCUCCAUGUAGAUAUUGUUACUUUGCCUGGAAUAUUUCACAGCAUGGCAACACAUCUUUUUUUUUCUUUUUUUUUUUUUUUUUAAUUCAGCUACGUGCGUUUAUUGCUAAAAGAACACCCUGAAUACCCUGCAUUGUUACUGUGAGGGAGAUCAUCUCUCCACAGAUCUAACCUAUAACCCGUUUGUCACCUGCUUGUCUAAGUUUUAUAGCAUACGGUGGAAGAUUCAAGGCAAAGCAAUAACAUGGUUUAGCAGGUGGCAGACUCCAUCAGAAAAGUUACACUGUGCAAUUUUAAAGAGGGGGUAUUAUGCAAAUUGCCUUUUUUUUAAGCUUUCUACCAUGUUAUAACGUUGUUUUCUCAUCAAAAACAUGCCUGAAGUGGUUUUAGAUGUCAUCCACACAUGUUUUGAGUAAUUUAGCAACCUAUUUGAACCCUGCUUAUGGUUAGCUGUAAAAAUCGGUCCAAUGCUCCGCCCACAAGCCUACAUUAUCCAUGCUCCCUCAUGACAAUUCUCCAUAAAUAUACAAAAGCAUGAUACAAAACAAUACACUACAGCUUUACAAACCUGAUUCGAUGUGCAGUAGUUUUAUUAACACUGAUUGUACUGUGGAAUGUGCACACUAAAAGGUAACAUGGUGAUCUAAACAUGUUAGCAGUUAGUGUUAGCAGUUAAUACCCCAUAGAAGUAAAAUACCCCCUCUUUAAAUCAUGUUUGAGCUUUACAUUAUUUGAUUGUUUUGUUAAUUCUUUACAACACACGUCAGAGUCAGUUAUUUUUCUCAUGUUUACUCUAUCCAUGAUUUACAAAACAGGACUGUUGCCAUAGCAGUCAACAAUUUCACACUAAAUAUUUCUCUUGAAUGGUUGAAAGUCCUCAAAAUGUCAACAGGAAUCUGAAACCCAUGAAUAGCUCUCCCGGAAGACUCUUCUCUCAAUAAUGGCGUUUUAUCUGUGCCGACUGAUUGUAAAGAUGCCGCUCAGAAAGUCGACACGCUGCUUUUUACAUUUGAAUGGUUUCACAUAACAAUGUCAAUAAAUCAUUUACAAUCGAUAUCUGUAGGCAUCGGAGAGGAGCACGGUUACACUUGCGGUAAAGGAAGACUACUGCUGUUAUUUUAGGCUCAUGUCUGAUUGUUUUAAGGCAGCUAUUAUGUUCUGUUUUUGUUUACCGUUUUAAUAUGAUUGUGCAUGCAUUCUGGUGUCGUCAAUGCAACAGUUCAAUGUGUUAUAUUGAGCUAACAACAGAAUGGAAACCAAUCAUCUCUUCAUACUGUCAGUGCCUGGCUACACAACAUUAACAAGCCUAUUAGUGUGUCAGAAUACAUUUGUACAAUUAUGCUCAGGUAAAGUUUGUCAAAUUAUAUAAAAACAAGGUUCCCACGCUUUCUGGAAAAUGUGGAAAUGCAUGAAAAUAUCCUGGAGAAUAUACAAUUUGUCCUGGAAAAUGUCUCCAUGUUGCUUUGCUGUAUUAUCGGAUAUCAGAUUAAUAGAGACUUUUACUGCCCCUUAUUACUUAUUACUGCCAAUUAUUAGAGCUAAAAUCCGCCAAAAUGCAGGAAAUUACACCUAUUUUGUACAUCUGUUUAUAGAUGCCAUGAUUACUUACCUAAACAUGUCCUGGAAAAGUCUGGAAAUGAUUUCAAGCAAACUGUGGGAACGCUAAAAAAAAACUAAAUUACCCAGCUGUUUUACCAGUACAAGUUUUCAGUAAAAGUAUCAGUUAAAUUACAAAAGAAAACUGACACAGAACACCCUUCGACACAAAUGAACCUUUUUUUUUGGCUGUAAUUGCAUCCAGUUCCACGAACACAACCACGUCAUCCCAUAAUGAGUGUGUGGUGUCAGUGCACACCUAAAGACUGGCCUUGUUUACCUCUUCUCUUUACCACACCUGCCCUCUCUGAUGCACUCUUGUUUAGACCAUCCAGCACUUUAUUUAAUCCCUUUAUUUCACAACUGCUUGAGUCAGCCAUAAACGGCUUUAAUGAGGAUGAAUUUGACGAUGGGCCUUACAUACAGACAAUAGAGAUGGAAUCAUAAUGGCUGCCAUGACAAGGUUGUUUCAUGUUUUGUCUACUGUAUGGAUCACUUUCACAUUUAUGUAAUUUGCAAUAAUAUAUUUAUUUAAUGUGGGGAAAUAAAAUGUAUAUAAUAAAUGUACAGAGCUUGUUCAUCAAUUUGCAUUCAAGCUUUCCAUGUUCACAAUCACCAAAUUAAACUAUUUACAAGACUGUAAAAUAAAGAUUUUACUUUAUAA